UAUUUUUAUGCUGAAUUAAUCCACACCAACUAACCACAACCGCGGUUCCCACUUCCAGAAUCCCCUCUUCUGUUCUUGGAUGGGUUUCCUUCAUCACCCUCUUCCCUGAAGCCACAUAACCCCAUGGCAAUGGCACUAGACGCAGCACUCUGGAUCGUGAAGAUGACAUGGAUUGCUCUCAGUGGCUGGAUUUCUUCUUGUUUAACUGUCGCUGACGAAUUCGCCUCUUCUCUACGCUCUGGCGAUAUUGGCCCCUUUCAUGUGGGUUGAUCCAUUUACGCUCUCUAUUUCCUCCAAGAUGGGUACUUUACUUACUGGGUAUGCAGCAAGUUUUGUAAUUUUCGAUCGCCCUUCAAAAUAGGCUUGAUUUGAUGUACUGGGUAUGAGUCAAAAUCUAUUUUUUUAUAGUCUGGCUUGUGUGUUUUGAGCUGGGGGGGAGCGGGUGGUUCUGGGUGUUGGAGGAGAAUGUGUUUGUUGUGAGAUUGAUUGGAUUUCCUUGAAUUGAGGAAUUGGGAGGUUGCUUGUUUAAGGUUGUUUGUUGUUGUAUAGCUUGUUCAUUGCUUCGUAGCACACUUUGUUUAGGGAUGAUAGAUGAAUUUGAAUGCUAACACAAUCGGUUGGUUCUCUGUUGUUAUUUGAUUAGGUCAUGGUAGAGUUAUAUCAGUUAAAUUGACUGCUUAGAUUCAUGA